AUGGCAAAGUCUACUACUAAGAAAGAUACCAAGAAGGCUGUCCAGCCAAAGAAGGAAGAAAAGAAAGCUGUGAAGCCAGUUGAGUCCUCUGAUUCUUCUGACAGCGAUUCUUCUUCAUCUGAUAGUGAUUCUUCUUCAUCAUCUUCAUCUUCUUCAUCUUCAUCAUCUUCUUCUUCUGACAGCGAAUCUUCGUCUUCUGACAGUGAAUCUAGCUCAUCUAACGAAGAAGAGGAGAAGAAAGAGACUAAGAAAGAGACCAAGAAGGAAGCUAAGAAGGAAGCUUCUUCAUCUUCUAGCAGCUCUUCUUCAUCAUCUUCUAGUGACUCUGAUUCUUCUUCUGAUGAAGAAGCUGAAGAGAAGGUUGAAGAAAAGGCUGAAAAAACCUCUUCCAGCUCUUCUGACUCAAGUGACGACGAUUCCUCCGACUCUUCUUCCAGCUCAUCUAACGACGAAGAAGAAGAAGAAGAAGAGAAGAAAUCUAGCAAGCGUAAGGCCGAUGAUUCUGAAGAGAGUGAAUCUGACUCCAAGAAGCAAAAGGUUGAAUUGAGCGGUGAGCCAGCUACUAUCUUCGUCGGUAGACUUUCAUGGUCCAUCGAUGACGAAUGGUUGAAGAAUGAAUUUGACCACAUUGGUGGUGUUGUCAGCGCAAGAGUCAUCUACGAGAGAGGAACCGACAGAUCUCGUGGUUACGGUUACGUUGAUUUCGAAGACAAAUCAUACGCUGAAAAGGCCGUUAAGGAAAUGCACGGUAAAGAGAUCGAUGGUAGACCAAUCAACUGUGACUUAUCUACGAGUAAGCCAGCUGGUAACCCAAGAGAUGACCGUGCCAAGAAAUUCGGUGACCUUCCAUCUGAACCAUCCGAGACUUUGUUCUUAGGUAACUUGUCCUUCAACGCCGACAGAGACAACAUUUACGAGAUGUUCAGCAAAUUCGGUGAAAUUGUCUCUGUUCGUAUCCCAACCCACCCAGAGACCGAACAACCAAAGGGUUUCGGUUAUGUGCAAUAUGGUAACGUUGAUGAUGCCAAGAAGGCUCUAGAUGCUCUACAAGGUGAAUACAUCGAUAACAGACCAGUCAGACUAGACUACUCUACUCCAAGACCAAACAACGACAACGGUAGCAGAGGCGGUAGAGGUGGUGGCUUCAGAGGUGGCAGAGGCGGCAGAGGUGGUGACAGAGGUGGCAGAGGUGGCAACAGAGGUGGAAGAGGCGGUAGCUUCAGACCUUCUGGUUCCGGUGCCAACACUGCUCCAUUAGGUAGAGGUAGAGACACUGCCUCUUUCCAAGGUCAAAAGAAGACCUUCGAUUAA